GCGGGGCGGGAGAGCUCGAGGCGAUGGCGCGCGGCAGCAGGAGCGUGGGGCGGCCCGCGGCGGCACCGGCACCGGCCAGCCCCCCCCCGGCGGCCCCGGUGCCGGCGGCGCAGCCCGCACAGCCCGGUCUGAUGGCGCAGAUGGCGAGCACGGCGGCCGGCGUGGCCGUGGGCUCCGCCGUGGGACACGUCGUGGGCAGCGCCCUCACCGGCGCCUUCAGCGGCGGCUCCUCCGAACCGGCCAAGGCGGCGGCUCCCGCGCAGCAGCCCGUGUUCCAGCAGCCCAACUACGGCCCCUGCCACUAUGAGAUGAAGCAGUUCCUGGAGUGCGCCACCAACCAGAGGGACCUGACCUUGUGCGAGGGCUUCAACGAGGCGCUGAAGCAGUGCAAGUACAGCAACGGUGUUUCUUCUCUCCUGUGAAGGAUGUGUCCUCUUGCAGGGAAGAGGAGCCUGGUGUAGAGCCCUGCUGCCUGUAGGCAGCGGGAGGAUGGACGGGGAGCGAGCCUGAGGGAACAGAUGAGCCAGACAGGAGUCUUGUAGUGGUAACUCACUUCUAGACUAGUAGGGGAGAGAAGGAAUGGUUGGAGCUGUGAGACUGGAGUUCAGCUAGUGUUGUAUUUAUUGCAGAAAAAUAAAGGAGUUUAUUUGGACCUAUCA